AUGGGGGGACCUCUGCCCCCCAGCAGCACCCAGGCUCACCUGCAUGUGGGUGUGGAAGGGCAGGUGACAUUUGAGGACGUGGCUGUGGAGUUCACACAGGACCAGUGGCAGUGCCUGACCCCAGCUCAGCAGGCUCUGUACAGGGAGGUCAUGCUGGACAACUACAGGAACCUGCUGUCCGUGGAUGAGCAGUCUGCAGACACACAGUCCCCACGUAAUGCAUGUGGGAGAACCUUCAGGAAAUUCUCUGCCCUCACUCUGCACCAGACAAUCCACUGUGAAAAGCAACCCUAUGAAUGUAAAGAAUGCCAGAAAACUUUUCGCUACUCCUCGUUGUUGCAGAAGCAUCAACGAAUCCACACAGGGGAGAAACCUUUCAAGUGUCAGCAGUGUGGCCAGUGCUUUAACCAGCUGUCCAAUUGUAGACAACAUUUCCGAAUUCACACUGGAUUCAAACCCUACCAGUGCAAAGAUUGUGACAAGUCAUUUAGACAUGUCUGCAGGCUGAAGGAACAUGAGAAAACACACACAGGGGAGAGGCCAUACCCAUGUCUUGUAUGUGGCAAAGCUUUUCGAAGAUAUUCAAAUCUAAAAAGCCACCAACUGAUCCACACACAAGAAAAAUAUCACAGAUGCAAUGAAUGUGAUAAAUCCUUCAUGCAGCAUAAGGAUUUGAUCAUCCACCAGCGAAUCCACACUGGAGAGAGACCUUACCAGUGUCCCCACUGUGACAAAUCCUUUAGACAAAUCUCAGCAUCUCUGGAACACCAGAGAAUCCACACCCUGGAGAAGCGUCAUGAGUGCAAAUACUGUGGCAAGGGCUUCUGGUACCUCUCCAAGUUCAAACAACAUGAGAGGUCACACACCAGAGAGAAACCCUACACAUGUGAUCAGUGCCACAAAUCCUUCAAAUACAGCUUCAGCCUUAAAAGUCACCAGAGAAUCCACACCGGCGAGAAACCUUAUGGGUGCAAACACUGUGGACAGUUGACAUUUGAGGACGUGGCUGUGGAGUUUACACAGGACGAGCGGCAGUGCCUGACCCUGACUCAGCAGGCUCUGUACAGGGAGGUCAUGCUGGACAACUACAGAAACCUGCUGUCUUUGACAUUUGAGGACGUGGCUGUGGAGUUCACGCAGGAGGAGUGGCAGUGUCUGACCCCGACUCAGCGGGCUCUGUACAGGGAGGUCAUGCUGGACAACUACAGGAACCUGCUCUCCGUGGAUGAGCAGUCUGCAGACACACAGUCCCCACAGAAUGCAUGUGGGAGAACCUUCAGGAAAUUCUCUGCCCUGGCUCUGCACCAGACAAUCCACUGUGAAAAGCAACCCUAUGAAUGUAAAGAAUGCCAGAAAGCUUUUCGCUACUCCUCGGUGUUGCAGAAUCAUCAACGAAUUCACACAGGGGAGAAACCUUUCAAGUGUCAGCAGUGUGGCCAGUGCUUUAACCAGCUGUCCAAUUGUAGAAAACAUUUCCAAAUUCACACAGGAGAGAGACCCUACCAGUGCAAAGAUUGUGACAAGUCAUUUAGACAUGUCUCCAGUCUGAAGGUACACGAGAGAACACACACUGGGGAGAGGCCAUUCCCAUGUCUUGUAUGUGGCAAAGCUUUUCAAAUAUGUUCACAUCUAAAAAGACACCAGCAAGUUCACAUUGGAGAGAAACCUUAUGAGUGCAAACACUGUGGUAAGACCUUCUGUUCUAUAUCCAAAUUGAAAGGACAUGGCAGGACACACACAGGAGAGAAGCCCUACACAUGUGAACAGUGCCACAAAUCUUUCAAAUCCAGCUCAAACCUCAGAGAUCACCAGCGAAUCCACACUGGGGAGAAACCUUAUGAAUGCAAACACUGUGGUAAGACAUUCCAGACUAACUCCAAGUUAAAACGUCAUGUGAGGACACACACCAAAGAGAAGUACUACACAUGUGAGCAGUGCCACAAAUCUUUCAAAUCCAGCUCAAACCUCAGAGAUCACCAGAGAAUCCACACUGGGGAGAAACCUUAUGAAUGCAAACACUGUGGUAAGACAUUCCAGACUAACUCCAAGUUAAAACGUCAUGGGAGGACACACACUAAAGAGAAGUACUACACAUUGCAUCUUGGUUCUUCACCACCCAUGGAGAAGGAAAUGGGUGGUGAUAGUUUCAUCCCAGGACAGUUGACAUUUGAGGACGUGGCUGUGGAGUUUACACAGGACCAUCGGCAGUGCCUGACCCUGACUCAGCAGGCUCUGUACAGGGAGGUCAUGCUGGAAAACUACAGGAACCUGCUGUCUGUGGGGUCUGCCUUUAAGACACUGACAAAACCUCCUCACCUGCCCUUUCACACCCACACGCAGUUGACAUUUGAGGACGUGGCUGUGGAGUUCAGACAGGACGAGUGGCAGUGUCUGACCCCAGCUCAGCGGGCUCUGUACAGGGAGGUCAUGCUGGACAACUACAGGAACCUGCUCUCCGUGGAUGAGCAGUCUGCAGACAUGAUGUCCCCACGUAAUGCAUGUGGGAGAACCUUCAGGAAAUUAUCUUCCCUAGCUCUGCACCAGACAAUCCACUGUGAAAAGCAACCCUAUGAAUGUAAAGAAUGCCAGAAAACUUUUCGCUACUCCUCGGACUUGGAGAAGCAUCAACGAAUCCACACAGGGGAGAAACCUUUCAAGUGUCAGCAGUGUGGUCAGUGCUUUAACCAGCUGUCCAAUUGCAGAAAACAUUUCAGAAUUCACACAGGAGAGAGACCCUACAAGUGCAAGUUGACAUUUGAGGACGUAGCCAUGGAGUUCUCCCAGGAUGAGUGGCGGUGGCUGACCCCGGCUCAGCGGACUCUGUACAGGGAGGUCAUGCUGGACAACUACAAGAACCUGCUGUCUGUGGAUGAGCAGUCUGCAGAGACACAGUACCCAGGGAAGGCAUGUAGGAGAAACUUCAGGAAACUCUCUGCCCUCACUCUGUACCAGAGAAUCCAGUGUGAAAAGCAACCCUAUGAAUGUAAAGACUGUGGGAAAACAAUUUGCCCAGAACUCUGUGUUCCGGAAGCAUCAGCAAAUCUACACUAG